CAGUGUACACUCUGUCUGAAAUCGACAACCUCCCCACUCCCAGCUCCCUCACUCAUCGCUCUUUACUCCGCUGAGCAACCAAGCAAAGCGACGCCAACGCCGCCGGCACGCCCGAGAUCCCUCCCCGCCGCUGUCUUCCUCCACUCACUCGCGCGCGGGGGAUCAGAGACUAGAGGCCGCGUACGGACGGGGUCGGCGCCGGCCGCCAUGGGGUCGGUGUCGCUGAAGCUGCCGGCGACCCGGCGCCGUCACGGGCGCGUGCUCGCCUGCCUCUGUUCCCCGGCGCCGCUCAACCUCCUCAUGCUCCUCUCCCUCGUCUCCACCAACCUCCUCGCCCUCCUCGCCUUCUUCUCCACCCCCGGCGUCCCCCCCACCACCCAAACCCCAUCCUCCUCCGACCUCUCCGCCCACGUCGCCGCCAUCGCGCGCGAGAUCGGCACCGGCGCCUCCUCCUCCUCCAGCACCCCCCUCCCGGCCGACCUGCCCCCGGAGCUUCUCCUCUUCCUCACCCCACACGCGCUCCCGCUCGGCCGCGACGCGCGCUCGGGGCUCACCCACAUGCCGGCCUCCGUCGGCUCCGUCUGCCUCAGAUCCCCUUCCGCUCUCUCCCUCCUCUCCCAAUUCAUGUCCUACGCGCCCCAUGCCGCCUGCCCCCUCAACGCCACCGCCGCCACCCUCCCCCGCCGUCUCGUCUCCAAGGGCUGCGAGCCGCUCCCCCGCCGCCGCUGCCUCACCCGCCGCCGCGCCCCCUCCUCCUCCUCCUCCACCUCCGGCCUCGACCCCCGCCGCUGGGUCACCCCCUCGCGGAGCAACAGCAACCCCCACGAGUUCCUCAUCGACGACGUCAUCAAACUAACCAAGAUCCGGAUCGGCCUCGACGUCUCCGUCUCCGGCGGCGCCGCCGACUUCGCGUCCCGGAUGAAGGAGCGCAACGGGGCCACCGUCGUCACCUCCGUGCUCGAGCCGGCGACGAGCGAGCUCGUGGCGGCCAGGGGCCUGUUCCCGCUGCUGCUGUCCCCGGCGCACCGGCUGCCCUUCUACGACGGGGUGUUCGACCUCGUGCACGCCGCCGGCGCCGCGGCCCUGGACGGCGCCGGCGCGCCCGCGAUGGGGCUGGCGGGGACGCCCGAGGCGCUCGAGUUCUUCUUGUUCGACGUUGACCGCGUGCUGCGCGUCGGCGGGCUGCUCUGGAUAGACAGCUACCCGUGCCAGAGCGACGAAAGGAGGCGGGUUGUCAUCAAGCUCAUUGACAGGUUUGGGUACAAGAAGCUCAAGUGGGUUGUCGGAGAGAAGCCCAGCGGCGGCGGUGGCGCAAAGGCGUCCGUCUACCUCUCCGCCGUGUUGCGGAAGCCGGCGAGGGUCUGAUGAUGAGAGCCUGGAACUGUAUGGAAGGAUUGAUUUGCUUGCUCCUGGCUCCCUUGAUCAUCGAAGGUACGAACGAAUGUACCUUCCAAUUGUUUGUAGUUCAAAGAAUUUUGAUGAGAGGAAUGUAGUGCAUUUUAGCUGCCACCGAUUAUUUUUAGACAAUGGAAGAAAGAAACAGGUGCUACGGAUUAGCUUGAUUCCGUUGGUUGUUCAGAGAUAGUAACUGCAAGCAAAAAUGUACAACCUCCUUUUCUACUUCUAUUUUGUACUACUAGGCUGCCAUAGAUGGGAAAAGAUGCUGUAGGAUUUGGUGCUCUUCUGUGCAGUUGCAAGGAGGCUGGCAAAUGUUGUGAUCUUGCUAAUUCAGGAUGAAAAGGAAGUUUUUUUUUCCUAGAAUACUGGAUGAAAAGGAAGUCAGAUGAUGCUCUUGGAGCUACUUGUUGAUCAAAUGGUCCCUCUGUCUGAAUCCUACCAUUGGUACCAGUCUGUUGUGGAGCUCCUUUCAGUGGUCUGUUCGAUUGAUAGGCUGCCAAAUGAUGUGAUCUUUCGUUUUGGGUGGAAUGGAAAAUUAAAUGACGCUCUUCUAGCUGCCUACAUUGAUGUGAGGACCUCCUUUUGAUCAA